GUCGGUGUGGGAAGGCGGGGACGCGGCUCCCCCGGCCCGACCUUGGACCAUGUACCAGGACUACCCCGGGAACUUCGACACCUCCUCCAGAGGCAGCAGCGGCUCCCCGGGACACCCCGAGACCUACUCGAGCGGCGCAGCCCAGCAGAAAUUUCGAGUAGAUAUGCCAGGAUCGGGCAGUGCCUUUAUCCCUACGAUCAACGCCAUCACGACCAGCCAAGACCUGCAGUGGAUGGUGCAGCCCACUGUCAUCACCUCCAUGUCAAGCCCUUACUCUCGCUCGCACCCCUACAGCCACCCACUGCCCCCGCUGUCUUCAGUGGCCGGACACACGGCUCUGCAGCGUCCUGGUGUCAUCAAAACCAUCGGGACCACCGUGGGACGGAGACGGAGAGAUGAGCAGCUGUCGCCUGAGGAAGAAGAGAAGCGAAGGAUCCGGAGAGAGAGGAACAAGCUGGCAGCUGCUAAGUGUCGUAACAGGCGUCGAGAGCUGACAGAGAAACUCCAGGCGGAAACUGAAGUACUGGAGGAGGAGAAGUCAGUGUUGCAAAAGGAGAUUGCUGAGCUCCAGAAGGAGAAGGAGAAGCUGGAGUUUAUGCUGGUGGCUCACAGCCCUGUGUGCAAAAUCAGCCCUGAGGAACGUCGGAGCCCACCAUCCAGCAGCCUCCAGAGCAUUCGGACUGGAGCAAGUGGAGCGGUGGUGGUGAAGCAGGAGCCUGUGGAGGAAGAGAUCCCAUCUUCCUCUUUGGUCCUUGACAAAGCCCAGAGGUCUGUCAUUAAGCCCAUCAGCAUUGCUGGAGGUUUUUAUGGGGAAGAGGCACUCAACACUCCCAUUGUGGUGACCUCAACACCAGCCAUCACUCCUGGCUCUUCCAACUUGGUGUUCACCUACCCUAACGUGUUGGAUCAGGAGUCUCCUCUCUCCCCUUCUGAGUCCUGCUCCAAAGCUCACCGGAGGAGCAGCAGCAGCGGGGACCAGUCCUCAGAUUCCUUGAACUCUCCCACCUUGCUGGCGUUGUAA